GUAAUCUUCCCUCCCUCUCGCGCUCAUUUCGCAUCAUCUCUCUUUCUCUCUCUUCCAUCCCCGCUAAUUUUCUUGAAAGACCUAUUUUCUCAAUUUUCGCUUGGUCGGAGUUGCGAAUCGAAGAAGAAGAUUUCGAGCCUGACUUGAUAAUUUGGCUUCACAAUCAAGUUUUCGGUUCCAUCUCCGUCUCUCCUGCCGUCUCUUAUUCAUUCCUCUGCAACAACAAUGUCUGAAUCACUCUGAUUCUCUCGCAUCGUCGCAUUCGUAUGUUUUCCGCUUCAUCGGUUUUGGAUCGUUCAUAUCUCAUGGCCUUCUCUCUAUAAAUAUGAAAGAGUGAUUUGCUAGAUUUCUAAGACAGAAAACCAUGGAUGAAGAGGAAGAAACUAAAAAAGCAGAAGAAAAUUAUGAGAAUGAUUCAGACAAUGAAGUUACAAAUGAUGCACAGAAAAGCUCCCAGCCAUCUCAAGAACACACGAAUAUUGAUGGUGAUAAAGCUGAUAAAGUUAGUGAUGGUGUAGUCUUGGGAGGGGUUAAUAAUGUGACUACAGUUGAAGAUGAAGACCAGUUUGAGCAGGUGUGUUUGAAAGACCAGGAGAAGACUGCUGGUGAAUUAUCCGGUGGUCUUUUAGAUUCCGAGCGAUCUUCGAAUUCUGAAGAUGCAAGACUUUCUUCUGGUGCAGUCCAAGAGUCUUCCCAACAUAUGACUGGAACAUUUGGUGCGGAAUCUGACGACUCUCCAGUUGGUCAACUACAAUAUGAAAGCCAUUCUUUUAGUCCAGGGGCUGAUAAGAGACUGGGUCAUUCUACUAAACCAUCAACCUCAUCAGCUAGUUUUGAUUCGGGAUAUUCCCCUGUUGGUUCACCACAAAAGUUUAAACCAAAAUCUGUGAUGCCCAAUGUGUCUCCAGAGUUGUUGCAUUUGGUGGAUUCCGCAAUAAUGGGGAAGCCUGAGAGUUUGGACAAGUUGAAGAAUGUUGUGAGUGGUAAGGAAAGUUUUGGCAGCAGCGAGGAAAUGGAAAGUGUUGCUUUUUCAGUAGUUGAUUCUCUCCUUGCGACAAUGGGUGGUGUUGAAAGUUUUGAAGAGGACGAAGAGAACAAUCCUCCUAGUGUAAUGCUAAAUUCUCGUGCUGCCAUAGUAGCUGGGGAGCUUAUUCCUUGGCUUCCUUGUCUGGGUGAUAAUGAGAUGAUCAUGUCCCCAAGGACAAGAAUGACCAGGGGACUGCUUGCUAUUUUACAGGCCUGUACCAGAAACAGAGCCAUGUGUUCUAUGGCUGGUCUGUUGGGAGUGCUUCUAAGGUCAGCUGAAACAAUUUUUGUGCAGGAUGUAGGUUCCUCAGGCAAAAUGAGUUGGGAUGGAGCUCCUUUAUGCUAUUGUAUUCAGUACUUGUCAGGGCAUUCACUAAAUGUUUCAGACUUGCGUUCAUGGUUUCAAAUUAUUACAAGAAUACUUGCCACCAAAUGGGCAGCUAAACUAUUGCUUGCAUUGGAGAAGGCAUUGUGUGGAAAAGAGUCUAAGGGACCCACAAGUACAUUUGAGUUCGAUGGUGAAAGCUCCGGUUUGUUAGGUCCAGGGGAGAGUCGUUGGCCAUUUUCAAAUGGUUAUGCAUUUGCCACAUGGAUUUAUAUUGAGUCAUUUGCAGACACAUUAAAUACAGCUACUGCUGCUGCGGCAAUUGCUGCUGCAGCAGCAGCCAAGUCUGGAAAAUCAUCUGCCAUGUCUGCUGCAGCAGCUGCAAGCGCACUUGCUGGUGAAGGGACGGCGCAUAUGCCCCGCCUUUUUAGUUUUUUAUCUGCUGAUAAUCAGGGAAUUGAGGCAUAUUUUCAUGCACAGUUUUUGGUUGUUGAAUGUGGAAGUGGAAAAGGAAGAAAGGCUUCAUUACACUUUACACAUGCAUUCAAGCCACAGUGCUGGUACUUUAUUGGUCUGGAGCAUACUUGCAAGCAGGGGCUUAUUGGAAAAAUUGAGAGUGAGUUAAGGUUGUAUAUUGAUGGGGCCUUAUAUGAAAGUCGACCUUUUGAGUUUCCUCGAAUCUCCAAACCACUUGCAUUUUGCUGCAUUGGAACAAACCCACCUCCUACAAUGGCUGGUUUACAGCGCCGUCGUCGCCAAUGCCCUUUGUUUGCUGAGAUGGGGCCCAUUUAUAUCUUCAAAGAGCCAAUUGGUGCAGAAAGGAUGACACGCUUAGCAUCUAGAGGAGGAGAUGCGCUACCUUCUUUUGGUAAUGGGGCUGGACUACCAUGGCUUGCAACGAAUGAUUAUGUGCAUCAUAUGGCAGGAGAGAGUUCUCUUUUAGAUGCAGAUAUUACAGGAUGCCUUCACCUUCUUUAUCAUCCGAGUUUGCUUAAUGGUCGUUUUUGUCCAGAUGCUUCACCCUUAGGUGCUGCAGGCACACUAAGAAGACCGGCUGAGGUUCUUGGGCAAGUCCAUGUUGCUACGAGAAUGCGACCGGCGGAGGCUCUGUGGGCCUUAGCUUAUGGAGGUUCUAUGUCUUUACUUCCUCUGGUAGUAAGCAAUGUGGAUGAAGCUAGCCUACAACCCCAAGAAGGGAGCACUCCUCUUUCUUGUGCUACGACUAAUCUUGCUGCCCCAAUAUUUCGAAUAAUCUCCAUGGCUGUUCAACAUCCGAAGAAUAAUGAAGAAUUCUCUCGUGUUAGAGGACCCGAGAUUCUUUCGAGAAUUUUAAACUAUCUCCUGCGGACUUUGUCUUCGCUUGAUCCUGGAAAACAUGAUGGAGUUGAAGAUGAGGAACUUGUCGCUGCUAUCGUCUCCUUAUGUCAGUCCCAAAAGAGCAAUCACAUACUUAAAGUGCAGCUUUUUAGCACCUUGCUAUUGGAUUUGAAAAUAUGGAGUUUAUGCAACUAUGGACUACAAAAAAAGCUUUUGUCAACACUUGCUGACAUGGUUUUCACAGAAUCAUCAGUAAUGAGGGAUGCCAAUGCUAUUCAAAUGCUUCUUGAUGGCUGUAGAAGAUGUUACUGGACAAUUGGUGAAAAGGAUUCUGUCAAUACAUUCUCUUUAAAUGAAGAUCAACGUCCAGUAGGGGAAGUGAAUGCAUUGGUUGACGAACUCUUAGUGGUUAUUGAGCUUCUAAUGGUCGCAGCUCCUCCCUCACUGGCAUCAGAUGAUGUUCGCUGUUUGCUUGGUUUCAUGGUUGACUGUCCACAACCAAAUCAGGUUGCGAGAGUAUUGCAUUUAGUGUACAGGUUGGUGGUGCAACCAAAUACUUCUAGAGCUCAUACUUUUGCUGAGGCUUUCAUAGCAUGUGGUGGAAUAGAGACACUUCUUGUUCUCUUACAGCGAGAAGUCAAAGCUGGCGAUGUCACUGAUCCGGAAGCUAUGACAAUUCAUGAAUCUUCAUUUUUCCAGGAAUCUGGUGUUGACAGUGGGGAUGGAGUCUCCGAGAGAAUCCUUGAUGGUGAUGUAGGAUCUGUGGAAGAACAGAAACCAAAUGUGUCUGAGAAAGAUUGGCAAUUUGAAUCAACUGAAAUUGGUGGUGUGAGACGCUUUUCUUCUGCUUCUGGUGUGAGAAUUGAGAGGACGCUAUCUAUUUCUGAGAAUUAUUUUGUCAAGAAUUUAGGUGGCAUAAGUCUUUCAAUUACGGCUGACAAUGCAAGAAAUAACGUUUACAAUGUGGACAAAAGGGAUGGAAUUGUUGUUGGGAUCAUUGGACUUGUAGGUGCUCUAGUAGCAUCAGGCCAUUUGAAAUUUGAUUCUUUUUCUCCUUCAGAUGCAACGACUAACAUUUUGGGUAGUGGGCUUCAUGAUGGAGGUAGUAGCAUGUUUGAUGAUAAAGUUUCACUGCUACUGUAUGCUCUUCAGAAGGCUUUCCAAGCAGCACCUAAUAAGCUUAUGACGAACAACGUGUACACAGCUUUGAUGGGGGCAUCGAUUAAUGCUUCUUCAACUGAAGACGGGCUAAACUUUUAUGAUUCUGGUCAUCGCUUUGAACACCUACAACUACUGUUGGUUCUUUUACGCUCACUUCCCUAUGCAUCCAAGGCUUUCCAAUCCCGAGCAUUGCAGGAUCUUCUGUUUUUGGCUUGCAGUCAUCCAGAAAACAGGAACAGUUUAACCAAAAUGGAAGAAUGGCCUGAGUGGAUUCUGGAGAUUUUGAUUUCCAACUAUGAGAUGGGAGAGAGCAAAAAUUCUCAGACUGUAACUGUAGGAGACGUGGAAGAUCUCAUACAUAAUUUUCUGAUCAUCAUGUUAGAGCACUCAAUGCGCCAGAAGGAUGGAUGGAAGGAUAUUGAAGCUACAAUUCAUUGUGCAGAAUGGCUCUCGAUUGUGGGUGGUUCAAGUACCGGGGAUCAUCGAGUGAGACGCGAAGAAUCAUUGCCGAUAUUUAAAAGAAGGUUAUUGGGUGCUUUGCUGGACUUUUCUGGGAGGGAAUUGCAGGCUCAGACUCAAGUUAUUGCUGCAGCAGCUGCUGGUGUGGCAGCUGAGGGGUUAUCACCAAAAGAUGCUAAAGCUGAAGCAGAAAAUGCUGCGCAGCUUUCUGUAUCUUUGGUGGAAAAUGCCAUUGUGAUAUUGAUGCUUGUUGAGGAUCAUUUGCGGUUACAGAGUAAAUUAUCAAGUGCUUCAAGUGUUGGAGAUGGUUAUACAUCUCCUCUUUCACUAGUGUCUCCGCUGAAUAACCGCGCAAAUUCUUUGACCAGUAUUGGUGGCAAAGAGCCACAAGAACCUGCGAGUAUCCGUGGAUCAAUAUCUAGUGCGCCUAGUGGACUCCCUAUUGAUGUCCUUGCUUCAAUGGCCGAUGCAAAUGGGCAAAUUUCUUCUGUGGUGAUGGAGCGUCUCACUGCAGCAGCAGCAGCCGAACCUUAUGAAUCUGUUUCAUGUGCUUUUGUAUCUUAUGGUAGCUAUGCAACAGACUUAUCUGAGGGUUGGAAGUAUAGGAGUCGGUUAUGGUAUGGUGUUGGUCUUCCUUCAGAUAAUACUCUCUUGGGUGGUGGGGGCAGUGGAUGGGAAUCUUGGAGGUAUUUGGAAAAAGAUUCUAGUGGGAACUGGAUCGAACUUCCUCUGAUAAAGAAAUCUGUGGCCAUGCUCCAAGCUUUACUCUUGGAUGAAUCAGGACUCGGAGGUGGCCUUGGAAUAGGUGGAGGAUCAGGUACUGGAAUGGGGGGUAUGUCUGCACUUUACCAGUUGUUAGAUAGUGACCAACCAUUCUUAUGCAUGCUCCGAAUGGUGCUUCUUUCAAUGAGGGAGGAUGAUGAUGGUGAAAAUGGUAUACUCAUGAGAAAUAUAAGCUUCGAUGAUGGAAUUCCAGAAGGAAGAAAACCACGGUCAGCUUUACUUUGGAGUGUGCUUUCACCUGUUCUUAACAUGCCAAUUUCUGAUUCCAAGAGGCAGAGAGUGUUGGUUGCUUCUUGUGUCCUCUAUUCUGAGGUUUGGCAUUCAGUGAGCAAAGAUAGAAAUCCUCUUCGAAAACAGUACCUUGAGGCUAUUUUACCUCCGUUUGUUGCCAUUUUGAGGAGAUGGCGCCCUUUAUUGGCUGGAAUUCAUGAGCUCGCCACCGCAGAUGGUUUGAAUCCUCUAACUGUUGAUGACCGGGCAUUGGCUGCUGAUGCCCUGCCAAUAGAGGCUGCUCUUGCCAUGAUCGCUCCAGCAUGGGCUGCUGCAUUUGCAUCGCCCCCAGCGGCCAUGGCAUUAGCAAUGAUUGCUGCUGGUGCCUCUGGUGGGGAAACUACAGCUCCUGUCACAACAUCACAACUACGGCGUGACAGUUCCUUGCUUGAGAGGAAAACAACUAGGCUCCAUACAUUUUCCAGCUUUCAAAAACCGUUGGAGAUGCCGAACAGAGCACCUUCUUUACCGAAGGACAAGGCUGCGGCAAAAGCAGCUGCCUUGGCAGCUGCACGUGAUUUGGAGCGUAAUGCAAAGAUUGGUUCAGGAAGGGGUCUCAGUGCUGUGGCCAUGGCCACAUCAGCACAGAGGAGAAAUGCUAGUGACAGGGACCGUGUAAAGCGAUGGAAUAAUUCUGAAGCUAUGGCAGUUGCCUGGAUGGAAUGUUUGCAACCAUUUGACACAAAAUCAGUAUACGGGAAGGAUUUUAAUGCUUUAUCUUAUAAAUUCAUUGCUGUCCUUGUAGCAAGUUUUGCUUUAGCAAGGAACAUCCAGCGAUCUGAGGUUGAUAGGCGAGCUCAAGUUGAUGUUAUUGAUCAUCAUCGCAUGUGCAAAGGAAUUCGUGCAUGGAGGAAAUUAGUACAUUACUUAAUAGAAAUGAGAUGUCUCUUUGGUCCAAUUGGGGAACAGUUUCCCAAACCUUCACGUGUUUUCUGGAAGCUAGACUUGAUGGAAAGUUCUUCCAGGAUGAGGCGAUGUUUGAGGAGGAAUUACAGAGGGUCCGAUCAUUGUGGUGCUGCUGCAAAUUAUGAGGAUCAAAUUGACUUGAAGAAAGAUCGGGAAGAUGCAUUGAGCUCAUCAAAUGCCUCUAUAUUAGCAGCAGAUGCAAUAGCUAUAGAGGCAGUGAACGAUGAUGAUGUACAAAUGGAAAUUGAUAGUUUAGAUGGUAGGGCCGAUGAUGUAGAACAAAGUGUUGUGAACUCAAAGUUGACUGAAACAUCUGAGCAGAACCUCCAGGCGUCUGCAGAGUCUAGUAAUACACAACUUGUCAAUGACCAAGAGUUAAUUCAGGGUUCAUCACCAGUUGCGCCAGGGUAUGUUCCUAGCGAGCUUGAUGAAAGAAUUAUUCUUGAGCUUCCUUCAACAAUGGUCCGGCCACUAAAGGUUAUACAAGGAACCUUCCAGGUCACAACAAGGAGAAUCAAUUUUAUAGUUGAUAGCAAUGAUCUCAAUACAACAAUGGAUUCCAGCUGUAAACCAAAAGAAGACCAGGAAAAGGACAGGACCUGGAUGAUGUCUUCCCUCCAUCAGAUUCAUAGUCGAAGGUAUCUCCUAAGAAGAAGUGCUCUUGAACUGUUUAUGGUUGAUAGAUCAAACUACUUUUUUGAUUUCGGGAGUACUGAGGGACGGAAAAAUGCGUAUAGAGCAAUUGUUCAAGUGCGACCUCCUCAUCUGAAUGAUGUAUAUCUAGCAACUCAGAGGCCCGAACAACUUCUCAAGAGAACUCAGCUUAUGGAGCGCUGGGCUAGAUGGGAGAUCAGCAAUUUUGAAUAUCUAAUGCAUCUCAAUACCCUGGCUGGGCGUAGUUAUAAUGACAUUACCCAGUAUCCAGUUUUCCCAUGGGUUCUUUCUGAUUAUAGUUCAGAGAGUUUAGAUCUUUCUGAUUCUUCCUCGUUCAGAGAUCUUUCUAAGCCUGUCGGUGCACUGAAUGCAGAUCGCCUUAAAAAGUUCCAAGAGAGAUAUUCAAGCUUUGAGGAUCCAGUAAUCCCGAAAUUUCAUUAUGGUUCACAUUACUCAAGUGCUGGAACUGUGUUGUAUUAUCUUUUUAGAGUUGAACCAUUUACAACUCUCUCAAUUCAGUUGCAAGGUGGAAAAUUUGAUCAUGCUGAUCGCAUGUUUUUAGAUAUUUCUGGUACUUGGAAUGGGGUUCUGGAAGAUAUGAGUGAUGUGAAGGAAUUAGUUCCAGAGCUUUUUUAUCUUCCUGAGAUCUUAACAAAUGAAAACUCGAUUGAUUUUGGCACCACUCAAUUAGGGGAGAACCUUGAUUCUGUCAGACUCCCUCCUUGGGCUAAAAAUCCAAUUGAUUUUAUUCACAAACAUCGGAUGGCUCUUGAGAGUGAGCAUGUAUCAGCACAUUUGCAUGAGUGGAUUGAUCUCAUUUUUGGGUAUAAGCAACGAGGCAGAGAGGCUAUUUUGGCUAAUAACGUCUUCUUUUACAUUACCUAUGAGGGGACGGUUGAUAUUGACAAAAUAUCUGACCCUGUACAACAACGUGCCACACAAGAUCAAAUUGCCUACUUUGGUCAAACUCCGUCUCAACUCUUAACUGUGCCUCAUUUGAGGAAGAAGCCAUUAGCUGAUGUCCUCCAUCUGCAGACAAUCUUUCGGAACCCAAAGGAUAUCAGAUCAUACUCUGUUCCCACCCCAGAACGCUGCAACCUACCUGCAGCUGCAAUUCAUGCAACUUCAGAUACUGUUGUUAUUGUUGACAUAAAUGCACCUGCGGCACAUGUAGCACAGCAUAAGUGGCAACCCAACACACCUGAUGGCCAGGGUGCACCAUUCCUCUUUCAACAUGGAAAGGCCUCAAUGAAUUCUACCAGUGGAACAUUCAUGCGUAUGUUCAAAGGGCAGGCUGGCUCUGCUGCCGAGGAGUGGCAAUUUCCCCAGGCACCAGCAUAUGCUGCAUCUGGAAUCAGGAGCUCGUCUAUUGUUUCCAUUACUUUGGACAAAGACAUUAUCACUGGCGGACAUGUUGACAAUAGUGUGAAGCUAAUAUCAUCAGAUAGAGGAAGAACAUUGGAAACUGCGUAUGGGCACUGUGCACCGGUAACCUGUGUCAGUGUUUCUCAUGAUAGCAAUUAUCUAGUCACCGGAUCCCGUGACACCACUUUGCUAAUUUGGAGAUUACAUAGAUUGUCAACCAGUCGUUCAAGUGCCGUGUCAGAAACUGCCAUGGGGACAGACAUGUCCACAUCAGGCAGUGGUAGUAAUUUAUCCUCUAUAUUGGCAGACAAAAGCCGGAAGCAUCGAAUUGAGGGUCCCAUACAUGUUCUUCGGGGUCACCACCGUGAAGUUGUAUGCUGCUGUGUGAACUCAGAUCUUGGUAUUGUUGUUUCAUGCUCCCAGUCAUCGGAUGUUUUGAUACAUUCCAUCAGAAGAGGUCGGUUGAUCAGAAGGUUGGCUGGUAUAGAGGCCCAUGCUGUAAGCCUUUCUUCCGAGGGAGUUAUAUUGACUUGGAACGAAUCACAAUGUACUCUUUCAACCUUUACUCUGAAUGGAAAUCUAAUUGCUAGAGCACCAUUUCCGUACUCUUCCAGCAUCAGUUGUAUGGAAAUAUCUGUUGAUGGGGAGAGUGCCUUGAUUGGAAUAAAUUCAUCCGCCCAAAACAAUAGAACCCCCACUAAUAACUGGGAGUUUAAGUCCAAGGAUUUCUUCACACCUGAUGAAACUUCAGAAGACGAGAGAUUAGAUGUUCCGGUUCCUUCUGUUUGCUUUUUGAAUCUGCAUACUUUGAAGGUUUUCCAUACUCUGCAACUCAAAGAAGGGCAGGAUAUCACUGCGCUGGCAUUAAAUAAAGACAACACAAAUCUUUUGGUGUCAACUGCAGAUAUGCAGUUAAUAGUCUUCACUGAUCCCGCUUUGAGCUUGAAAGUCGUAGAUCAAAUGCUGAAGAUUGGCUGGGAAGGUGAGGGACUCAGCCCUCUUAUAAAAUCGUAGCCUUCUGCGGCAACAAAAGAGUUCAAUACUUGUAUAGCUGGUGGACAAAUUCUGCAUCAUAUAUAUUUGCUAGCACUGAAACGUCGAUGGAUAUAUCUUGUUGCUCUUUUUUUUUUUUUCUCUCAAGCACGGAGUGGAAGGAGAUCUAAAGCCGAGGCCCUAUGCUCGAUAGGUUUGCCUCUUUAAUUUCAUGCUAUAUAGAGAUAUCACGUCGUCGUCGUUGCUAUUGAGAUGUAACUCCAGUCCUCACACUUGCUGUCCAAAAUCUGGCCCUUUGUCGGUUACACGUUGUAAAAUAUGUGAUAGACUAGCCCCAAAUCUUAUGAAUAUACAUUAGCUUCUAGAUACUAGAAUGUUACAUGCGGGGCCAUUCUUUAUGGGAUCAAGUUGUACGUAUGUCACUAUUUGUUGAAAUUGUGAGGCCUUAGGCACUGGGCUUGAGAUUGAGCUUUCCAGUUUUGUCCAUUCUUCAUUUGAGAAGUAAAUGACCAAGAGCUCUUCCAUUA